CGCUCGGGAGGAGGCCCGCUCCGGCGGACAGCGGGUUAAGCGUCUCCGCGUGAACUUCCGGAUGUGACACAGGCCGGGCCCGUGUGAGCGGAGGAGCCGCCGCCGCCCUCGGCCGCUAUCGGCGGGUCUCGGCCACUUGGAGACCCCGGCACCCGGCUGGGACCUCGGGGACCUCCCGCCGCGAUGAGCCCCCGGCCGUGACCGCCCGAGCCCAGGACGCGCCGUGCCGGCCCAUGGCCCGGAGGUACGAUGAGGUGUGCCACUAUCCCGGCAUUGCAGAGCAUGCUACAGCGCUGGCCAGCUUCUCUGAGGCAGCACCUUCAGCACCUCGAGCUCCUGGGCCCUACGGCCCACACCGGCCUCCCCAACCCCCAGCCCCGGGCUUGGACAGCGACAGCUUGAAGAGAGAGAAGGAUGACAUCUAUGGACACCCCCUCUUCCCGCUCUUGGCCCUGGUCUUUGAGAAGUGUGAGCUGGCCACAUGCUCGCCCCGAGAUGGGGCCUCGGCUGGGCUGGGCGCACCCCCAGGCGGUGACGUCUGCUCCUCCGAUUCCUUCAAUGAGGACAUUGCUGCCUUUGCUAAGCAGAUCCGCUCUGAGAGGCCUCUGUUCUCUUCCGACCCGGAGCUGGACAACCUGAUGGUCCAGGCCAUCCAGGUCCUCCGGUUCCACCUACUGGAGCUGGAGAAGGUGAGGGUGUCUCACUGGCACCUGCCCCACCCCUCCUCCCUCCACCCCCUCUCCCCCCUACUCCCCACUGGAGAGGAAACAGAAUGCCCCCUCACCCUGUUCACCCCAGCCCUGGCUCCCCCGGGUGGCCCCCCCAGUACCCUGCUGCCCUCCCAGGUCCACGACCUGUGCGACAACUUCUGUCACCGCUACAUCACCUGCCUCAAGGGGAAGAUGCCCAUAGACCUGGUGAUCGAGGAUCGGGACGGUGGUUGCAGGGAGGACCUUGAGGACUGCGCAGCCUCCUGUCCCAGCCUCCCAGACCAGAACAACACAUGGAUCAGAGACCAUGAGGACAGUGGGUCUGUACACUUGGGGACCCCAGGUCCAUCCAGUGGAGGCCUGGCCUCCCAGAGUGGGGACAACUCAAGUGAUCAAGGAGAUGUGCUGGACACAAGCGUGGCCUCCCCAAGUUCUGCAGGAGAGGAUGAGGAGCUAGACCUGGAGCGCCGGAGAAACAAGAAGAGGGGGAUCUUCCCCAAAGUGGCGACCAACAUCAUGAGGGCCUGGUUGUUCCAGCAUCUCUCGCACCCCUACCCCUCAGAAGAGCAAAAGAAACAGCUGGCGCAGGACACGGGGCUCACCAUCCUGCAGGUGAACAACUGGUUUAUUAAUGCCCGGAGAAGGAUCGUGCAGCCCAUGAUCGACCAGUCCAAUCGCACAGGGCAGGGUGCAUCUUUCAGCCCUGAGGGCCAGCCCAUGACAGGCUACACAGAGACUCAGUCACAAGUGACAGUCAGGACACCAGGGUCAAUGGGGAUGAACCUGAACUUGGAAGGAGAGUGGCAUUGCCUGUAGAAGCUGGGGUCAGAAGGAGGGCCCUGGCCUCCGACUGUGACCACCAGCCUUGUUAUCUAAUUGGUCCUCGCUGGUCCUUGGGCUUCAGGACUUCACCUCCAAAGCUCCCACCCCAUUCAACGCCUACCUCCCUGGGGACCCCAGAGGCUUGGGGACCCAAGAGCCCACUUGAGGGUCUCUCAAGGGCAAAGACAGAGCCUGCAGGUCCUGUACCCUUCUUCUGUCCUCCCUUUUGCCCAGGGCCUGAGCUGAGAACGGGGCCAAGGUCUGCAGAAGAUGGUGGCCGGGCUGAUCCAGGACAGAGAAGGGGGCGGGGCUGGGCCAAUCCAGGACAGAGAAGGGAGCGGGGUUGGCAAGAAUGCUCAAGGAAGGAGGGUCACCUGGACCCAAUGUUUAGGAGAGCAUCCUCCAUCCUCCUGCCCUCGGCCUCCCCCACCUCCCUUCUCUGACAGUCUUCUACUUUUCUUUUUUUAAUGAUAAAGUCUUAAAAAUACAAAUCAAAAUUCUCAUUUGUCUUCUAAGA